CAACAAAGACCCACCAGCAGUCCGCAGAUAAAUACAGAGGCGGCCGGAGCGAAGAUAGAGAAACCGAUCGGUGGACAGGAAGAGCAAAGGGGAUUCUGACACGGGAAACAGAUCACAGUAAUAAUUAUAAUUCUUUCUAGUGAUCUCAGGCGCCCGGACCAGGGACUCCCCCCCCCAAGCCGAGCCCUUCUUAGGUGCCUUCGUUUGGGGUGAGAGAAAAAGAGGGACAGGAGAUCGUGAGGACACUCUUGCUGUUGAUUUCUGGCCAGCAGCGAUGCCUUUUCUAGGGCAGGAUUGGCGAUCCCCAGGGCAGAGCUGGGUGAAGACGGCGGACGGCUGGACGAGGUUUCUGGACGAGAUGGAGACCAGCACCUACGUCAGCGAUCGGAACAGUUACUACAGAAAAGAGGACUAUAAUAAGGAGAACAUUUUAAACAGCAUGAACUGUGAUGUUGCUGUAAAGAAGAGAAAGAAGGACCAGCUGAACAACAAGACAAGGAUUCAGUAUUUUCAUCAAGAAAAGUGGAUUUACGUGCACAAGGGAAGCACAAAAGAACGUCAUGGCUACUGCACCCUUGGAGAGGCCUUCAAUAGGCUGGAUUUCUCAAGUGCCAUUCUGGACUCCAGGCGGUUCAACUAUGUCGUACGGCUGCUGGAGCUGAUAGCAAAAUCCCAGCUAACGUCACUGAGUGGAAUUGCCCAGAAAAACUACAUGAACAUCUUGGAAAAAGUAGUACAGAAAGUCCUGGAGGAUCAGCAGAAUAUCCGGCUAAUCAAGGAAUUGCUGCAGACUCUCUACACGUCCCUUUGCACCCUGGUCCAAAGCGUUGGCAAAUCUGUUCUGGUUGGAAACAUCAACAUGUGGGUCCACAGGAUGGAGGCGAUUCUUCAUUGGAAGCAGCAGCUGAACAAUAUCCAAAUCACCGGGCCUGCCUUUAAAGGGUUUACUUUUACAGACCUGCCCUUAUGUUUACAAUUAAACAUCAUGCAACGUCUGACGGAUGGGAGAGACCUUGUGAGCCUUGGGCAAGUAGCUCCAAGUCUUCAGGUGCUCAGUGAGGACCGGCUGCUGUGGAAAAAACUUUGCCACUACCACUUCACAGACAGACAGAUUCGCAAACGGUUAAUUUUGUCAGAGAAAGGGCAUUUGGAUUGGAAGAAGAUGUAUUUCAAGCUUGUGAAAUGCUACCCCAGGAAGGAACAGUAUGGAGAUACCUUGCAGCUCUGUAGGCACUGCCAUAUCCUGUCCUGGAAGGGCACUGAUCAUCCGUGCACAGCUAACAACCCAGAGAGCUGCCUGACUUCUCUUUCACCCCAGGACUUCAUCAACUUGUUCAGAUUUUGAAUUCCCACAUAAUUUCACUGUAAAUAUUUUGGUGUUCUGAUGGGACACUUUAUACUGCUAAGCAGACCUGCUCAACCUGUAUAUAGUGUAUAAAUGUUACUGUUUGGAGUUCCUGAGUCAAGAGGACAAGAGGAGUUUAGGAGGCAAAGGGAGUCAUUAUUCAGUAGUGUUGUGAACUCGUUUCAGAAUAUGACCUUAAAAUUGAACUGAUAUGUGUAAAGGCUGUAAAUAUGAUGCUUUGUAAGAAUUGGAGUGCAAGUAUCUGGGGAGAAUCCUUACUCUCCUUAGACAAUUCAAAUGGAUUUUUUUCCCUGCAUCCGUUAGAAAUGUCUCUUUGGUUUUCUAAGCCUAGAGAAUUAAACACUAUGAUUAGGCUAAAGCUGUUGAACUACUUCCCACUCUGGGUUUUGUUUACAAUAGAUAUUUAUACCGAAGACAUUUUUAGAAAUGAUAACUGACAAGGAUAUAUUCCCUUUAUCCUUUUUUAUAUAUUUAUAUAUAUAUCUAUAUAUAUAGAUAUAUAUCUAUAUAUAUCUAUAUAUCUAUAUCUAUAUAUAUAUAUAAAGAAAAACAAAGAAUCAACAUAAAAUGUACACACCACUCCAUUUUCUACCUCUGAAAUGCUUUCCAACCAACCCGAUAUGCAAUGUGAAGUGUUUGUACUUUGUAUGCAGAGAUUUAAAGUGAAAACAUUGGUAUUCCUUUUCGUUAACACUUGAGAUCUAAUUUAGUCUACUUGGUUUUUUGUGGUAUUCACAUAGGCUGGUUCUUGGGAAAUUGAGAAAGGCUCUAGCAAAAGUUGGCCUUUUUUGACGGCUGGUAAAACAUCAAAUGUUAACAAGAGCUGAUGAUGGAGAUUCUGUUUUGUAAGCCACAUCACAUCAGUACUGUGUACUUUCUGGAGGCCUGUUGGUACUGUUUCUCCCAACCUCAGAUACACUGGCCCAGUUCACAUGUCAUGCUAAACCAAACUAUGGCUUUAUGGAUGGGAGAGAAAUUUGAUUUGGUUUGCAUUUAAAGCGGAAUCUGUCAAAUUCCCACUUUCUGAAACAAUAUGCAAACUGAAAUAGAGCCAUCCUUUGUAAUUUGCGCUUAUCCGAAUUUUGCAAUGUAGCUCUCCAAUCAAUGUUUACAAAAUGCAUACAUUGGGGAACGUGUGCAUAUUCAUAAAAAGGAAUAUAUUCAUGAAAGCAAUAUACAAAAAUGUGUGCAUUUGCCAAAAGUGCAUACAAAAUUGUGUUGAUCAGGAGAAAUUUGCACUAAAAUGCUGGAGAAUUUUCAUGACGAUUUUUUUUUAAAUGCUGCAGAAAUGUGGAGAGCUGAAUUUAAGACUGGAAAAAUAAGAAACCAAGAGAGCUGAAAUUCACAGAUCCUUCCCACCCUGCAUGGCUUAGUGUGGAAUACAUGAGCAUGUGGGCUCUGGGAGAAGACAUCACAGCAGCAGUACUCCUCUUCAGUCCUUUUGCUGCUGUGCUGAGCUAAGUCAUUUUGUGAUUUAGCAUAUCAUCCAAACCCAGGCUCAAAGUUUAGCCUUUUUCAGACUAGCCAUGGUUUGUCCUAUGGUUUACAGCUUGUGGUGUUGUCCAAAAGAGCUAAACCACGAGCCCAGGCUCAGAUGCUGUUGUCAGCCAGAAAAUGGCUUAGCUCAGCAUGAUGGAGUAACAGAAUGACCAAGGAGGAAAAAAGGAGCUAUAGUCGCCUCUCCAGUGUUUGCACUAAACCAUGGUUUGGCUUAGUGUGCCAUGUAAGCUAGGUCAAUUGCAGGUUGACUGUGGGUACAUACAAAUAAACGUCUGUGAAAGUGGCGUAGGCAGCCUUGUUGCUUUUCAAAGAGAUGGAUUUUGUCCGUGGGAAGCUCUUAUUUAUAAAACACACAUGCAUACACACACACACACUUUGAUGUGCAGAUAUUCAACUCUGUGGAUGGGGAAGAUCCACCUUUGGGGAAUGCUUAUUGGCUGGUGCCUGUGACAUCACAAACCCGUUUCUCCUCCUUUUCAUCCCCAGAGCAAUUUUGCGACUGUCACAUCCCCUGCUACCUGAUCUUUAAAACUGGAGAUGCCAUUAGGAUUGAACCUGGCGCCUUGUGCAUGCAAAGCAAAUGCUCUACCACAAGCUAUUGAAUUUCUCAUUCUUUAUGGAACCAGUCAAAAAUUAAGUCAGUUACAGGAGAAAAACUAAAACCCCACCAAAGACAGAAGAUUUGCCUCUGUCACUGUAGCAAGUGUUGAUUUUGGAUUCUGAGAUGUGUGGCCUAUUGAACUGUAAAUCUGGCUAUUACCUUUUGUUUGGAUGAGCCCACAGGUAGUUUUCUUUGAUGGAUGUGCACACUGAGACUGUAUAAUCCCCCAUAAGACACGCACACACCUUGAGCUUAGCCUACUUUGGAAGCUCAUCCUGUCUACAGAGUGGAUGGGGAGAAAGUUCUGCCCAGAUAGGCUGCAUUGUCCAAAUAACCAAAAGGACAGGGUUGUUCCAUGUUGCCUUAUAGUUUUUCUAUCUGGACCUGCUUCUCCCCUGUUAGGUUUGGUGCCGAAACACCAGGAGAAAUUCCUCACACAGGCAUGUUCUUUGUAACAAGAUUUUUAAAACUAUAAUAAUUAUUUGAUUUGAACCAAUAAACUGUAAACCCAAACAAAGGAAUUGUCUUACAGCAGACUGCAUAGAUAAAAUGCAUUCAUUGGCUAGGCCUCAGUAUCUAAACACACAUUUUAACAAGACUGAGUGUUCUUUGGGGACAUUACUGUAGCCAGGCAAGUUGUGAAAGUGACAUGCGUUUGGAAUAUGGCAUUUAAAAAGCAAUGAGAGCACAGACAUUGUGAUGGUUGAUUAUGAGCUUCUUUUUCUAGAAACUGAAUUUUUAGUUGGUGUAUGUUUGAGGUACAGAUGUAGCCAGUGGUGGCUGGUGAUUCCGUGUCAGUGGGGCAGUAGAAUCUGCUCCAGGUUUUAGUCUGAACUUUCAAAGAGCUGUCCAAGAUGCACCUUGGACAAUUCCUUGAAAGUUUGGACUAAACCCAGAGUGAAUUCCACUGCCCCACUGACAGGAAGCCACCAGCUGCCACUGGAUGUAGCCAAUGUUUAAACAUCAAGCUCCUUGUCUUACAGCAGGGUUCAUCACUGUGGUGCCUUCCAGAUUAGUGGACUACAACUCCCAUCAUUCUUGACCAUUGGCCAUGAUGGCAGGGGAUGAUGGGAGUUGGAGUCUAACAACAUCUGGAGGGGCACUAUGUUGGCUGUCCCUUUCUUAGACACACACACACACACACACAUAUCUGUGUGGUUUCUUUCUGCCGUCGCCCCUGCACUGUUCUGAAAUUCAUGGGAGUUAUUUUUACCACUACAUAGGAUACUCUUGCAUCAAUACUUGAUAAGACUAUGGGAGAACGGAAAGGAGGGCUUUUAUAUCUUGUUUGGGAGGGCAACAGAGCAUAUCUGCUCUACAGACACAAUUGGUUUCAGCCAUUCCUUCUUCCCAGGGGAGUCUGGAAACUGUAGUUUGUUUUUUUUUAGGGGAGGAGCUGGGGUCUCUUAAGACCAUUCUCCACAUCUUCACUCAACUGCAUUUCCUAGUGUUCUUUAAAAAAAAACUUGUGACAGUUCAGUUGGUAUAAACCUGAUAGGUUUGUCAUGUGGAUAGGACCUUUGGGAAUUGUACUUAGUAGCCUGUAUUGUUUGGAAGAGUAGAGGAUGGGACUGGAUGUAAGGAGACAGUGACUUUUGGUGAUUAGGGAAUGAAUGAAUGACAGAGAGAGAAAUGCAGUGAAGACUGGGCUAUUAGGGUGAAUGGGACACUGGCCCACCAACCUCUCUUUGCUCUCAGCCAACCCCCACCUGCCUUCUUACUUACAAGUAGUCAAGGGGUGGCCUUGCAUGUCAGCUUCCUCUUCCUUACGCUCAGUGUUGCCCUUGUAGAACUCAGCAGGGAGGAUUAUGGGGACAAAAACCAGAAUUGGUUGUAUCUGCCUAUCAUUGGCUCUGGCUCCACCUGUCAUUGGCUCUGGCCCUGCCCAUCAUUGGCCGCUGUGCCUUCCGCCCCACCAGUCCCAAUGGGCACCACCAACCACCACUGGAGACACUGUUUACACAUGUGUGUUAAUUAAUUUUUCAUUAUGAAACUUUGUGUUUUUUUCUAUUUAAAAAUCUGUAACUAGUCACACAUCUGAUGCAUUUCUGGUCCUCUAAAACAUUUCCUAUAUCCAAACUAAUCUCCGGCAAGCAAAUUCCUAGUGAAUUCCCCUGGUUUAUAUUAUAUGACUUUUUAUCGGUUUGAUUUUUAUAAAAUAUGUGAGUUUUAUAUUAUAGAAGUACUUAUUCCACAUGCAUUGUUCGAACGGGGAAAUAAAAGUUUGUCUACACCUUGUA